CGUGCAUUUACAAGUGAACGUGAUGUCGAACAUCACUGUACUAUUUAUCCUGGCUGUUAUCUCACUCGAGAUAAUUACGGCUCUAAGUUUGACCGAGCCAACGGUUGAUGAUGGUUCGGGGGAUGGAGAAGACCCAACACUCGAAUAUUUGACACCUGGUGAAGUUCACACUGACACUGUUUUGGCCCUCCGCCGAGGCCCCGGGAAAAGACCGAGACCAACAUCAGCUCCUAGAACUACGAAGCGCACUACGCCAAGACCACGGAGUUGCACAGCUAGCAUCAGAACUGAUCUUGCAAAGACUGAGCCAGUGUUUAUUAAAAAUGGGAAACUGGAACUGCCUUCUCGAGGGAACCUUGAUUGGAGACAGAAAGAAAGCGUGGAUAUUUUGUGUUCUGGUCAAGGAAACAAAGUUGAUUCCGCAACCAGUAAAGAGAGUACUAUCAAGUGUGACUUCGGUCACCAGUUCACGGUAGGAAAAGCUCAAAAAAAGAUUUCCGCAAUCUCCUGCCGGUACAAGGUUACCGGGGACGUCGACAGUACCAGUGCGUCUUGUGGUAGAUCCGGAAAACUGACACAUAUUGGUUUCAGAGGAUCAAAACGUUUCGUCAAGCUGUACGAUUCCUGUUUCGAUGCAGGACGCGCUUCGGUUUUAUACACACACCAUCAACUGUUCGGUAAAGAAAUCAGAUAUAAGGCCGUCUCCCCAAGGCCGGAUUUCAAGUCGGAAGGUUUUUCCAAAAAUGCAAAUCCUCGCACAGCAUACACUCAAGCCGAACAACUGGUUCGGUUUACUAAACUGCUCGGAAACUCAAAGGCGAUCGAAUACAUAAACGAUUCGACGAACCUUCAGCGUGGACAUCUGACGCCCGAUGCGGAUCAACUGUUCAAGACCUGGCAGUGGGCGACCUAUUUCUUCAUCAAUGUCGCUCCAAUGUGGAAUACGAUCAACAAUGGCAACUGGAGACAGGUGGAGGAAACGGUGCGUGACUUUGCAAGUCGCAACAAUCUAGCGCUGGAUGUGUUCACCGGAACGAGUGAUGUUCUAGCGUUGAAUAGCGUUCCGAUUACGCUCGAUGCCAACGGGAUUCCGGUGCCGAGAUGGCUUUGGAAAAUCAUCAAAAAUGGUAACGAGGCGAUCGCGUUCGUCGUCAGUAAUAAUCCCUUCGAGCUGGACGCACCGAAUUGCGGUAAGAACGUAGCUGAUGGAUACGGCUGGAAGCAUGCCAACUUCAACGUAAAGGGGCGUGGGAUUGUAGCCUGCUGUAGUGUUGGCGAUGCGGCGAACGUCAUCGGAUCGAUUCCGUCCGGGGCAUCGGCCUUGAGUGUUUUGCGCCAUAAAUGAUAAUACAAUGAUAUCACUUCUAUCGUAUGCAAUAUUAUAACUAAUCACUAAUCA